GCCACCUCUCGGGGUCCUCGCCGGUUGCUAUCCCAUCAGGCGCCGCGGCGGGGCUCGCUCUUUCUCGCCGCCAUUUUGGGCCGGAGUCGCUGAGGCCUGCUGGGGACAGGACUUCAAGCAAUACCAUGACUGGCAGGUUGUGGUCCAAAGCCACUUUUGCUGGCUAUAAGCGAGGCCUCCGAAACCAGAGGGAGCACACAGCUCUACUGAAGAUUGAGGGGGUUUAUUCCCGCAAUGAGACUGAAUUCUACUUAGGCAAGAAGUGUGCCUAUGUCUACAAAGCAAAAAACAACACAGUAACUCCUGGUGGCAAACCCAACAGGACCCGAGUAAUCUGGGGGAAGGUGACCCGUGCCCAUGGAAAUAGUGGCAUGGUGCGAGCAAAGUUCCGAUCCAACCUGCCUGCCAAAGCCAUUGGACACAGGAUCCGAGUGAUGCUGUACCCAUCCAGAGUUUAAAUUUGGACUGAGAAUAAAAUUCAAAAUAUAUUCCACUUUUGUACAUUUGGUCUUGUCUUGCCUUUUGUUAAUUAUCCAUGUCCUUUAGAUGUAAGAUGUUUGCUUUCUAAAAGGGCAGUAGAGAAUUAUUUGUUGUUGCCAAAGGCAUUAAAGUGGCAGGCUAUUUUUAAAAUAAAGCUGUAACUCUUACUCA